GCCCGGCGUAUAUAAGGCGGCGCUGCGGCGGGCCCGGCAUCCGAGCCGAGAGUCGGAGCGGAGAAGAGCGGGCGAGCGAGCGAGCAAACAAGCAAGCCAGCAAAGAGGCGAGGCGAGGCGAGCGGAGAAGAGCGAGCGGGCGAGCGAGCAAGCAAACAAGCAAGCCAGCAAAGAGGCGAGGCGAGGCGAGGCGAGGCGAUCGGCAAAGCAAAGCAAUGGCGAGCCACUCCGUGCACGGCAGGAUGCGCCCGGUGCGCGUGAUGCACGACCCGGACCUGAGCCCCCUGUGGCUGUACAGCCGGGAGCCCGACUACGGGCUCAGGCCGCUGGGGAGCCAGAGCCUCUUCAACCAGCUGAUGGGCGACCUGCAGGGCCACCUGGACGAGGUGGGGCGGAUGCGCGCGCUGCUGCUGGACGCGUACCCGCUGCUGGCGCUCGGCGAGGAAGGGCAGGCGCGCAAGGGCGCGCAGAGGGGCGCCCGGCGCACGGCCUCCCAGGGCGCGGACAAGUGCGAGUUCUCGCUGGACGUGCGCGGCUUCUCCCCCGAGGAGCUGACCGUGAAGAUGGACGGCAGGAAGCUCACGGUGUGCGGGACGCACGAUGCGCGGUCGGAGUCGGAGGACGGCUGCCUCUCGCACGAGCACCGCGAGGUGCGCAGGGAGGUCCUGCUGCCCGAGGACGUCAACCUCGAGGCCGUGGCCUGCGCGCUGUCGCAGGACGGGCGGCUCUGCAUCGAGGCGCCGCGCCUGUCGCUGCCGUCCGCCGAGGAGCGCACCAUCCCCAUCACGAUCACCAGGGCGCAGGAGGCGGUCGCGGAGGGCACCAGGCGGCCGGCCGGCGAGGAGGCGGACGCCGGCGGGGAGCAGUGAGCGGGCGAGCGCCGCCCGCUGCGACCACCCGGACCAAGCCGCGCAUUCAUUCCCUGGCGCUGGGCUGCGACCAGCGCGCGCUUCUGCACGCGGGGAACGGGAGACAGGCGGGCGGACGCGCUGGAAUCCGUUCCGGGCUUUUCACGGCUGCGCUCGGGAUGCGUUACGUGGUUUUCGCUGGGGGGCUGUGCUUCGUAAUCGCUGAGGCCUAUGUUUUCUGUGUAAGCUCAGUAAAGCUGCGGUUCAUUCCUUCAUUUUGUACUUUUGGAGAAGCAAUCCGGAAAUAAAAUGGCAUUUUCUCCCUGUUAA